CCAUCUCCAAUCCUCACGACCCCAAAUCUUCACCGUGCUGCUGCCCCUUCGCCAAUUGAGCGAUGCAACCAUGGCAGACACUCCGAACCCUCCUACCACAAGCGAUGCCAAGCGCAAGGAGCCGUCUGACGGCAACGGCGGCGAGAGGACUGUGUGGAAGAACCCCCGUCAGAGCGGCCACAAGCGCAGUCGCAUGGGCAAGAACAAGAACCUGGGACGCGCAGAGUAUGACAACAGUACGCGCAGUCGCAAGGACUACCACGAUCGCAAACGCAUAAAGACCACCAAGGAUGGCGAAACGUUCGAGGAGGCCCCCAAGCCGAACCCCUUCUUCACCGAGGAAGAGAUUGCCGCCGAGUCGAAACGGCCCAAGAGGAAGGUCGCCGUCAUGGUGGGAUACUCUGGGUCCGGGUACAAGGGCAUGCAGAUCAAUGGCGACGAGCCGACCAUUGAGCGCGAUCUGUUCCGCGCAUUCAUUCGCGCCGGGGCCAUCUCCAAGGCCAAUGCCAACGACCCACGGAAAUCAAGCCUUGUGCGCUGCGCCAGAACGGACAAGGGCGUCCACGCAGCGGGCAACGUGAUCUCCCUCAAGCUCAUUGUGGAGGACGACGACAUCAAGGAGAAGAUCAACUCGCAUCUUCCCGACCAGAUUCGCGUGUGGGGCAUCCAGAGGACGAACAAUGCAUUCAGCUGUUAUCAGGGCUGCGACUCGAGAUGGUAUGAGUACUUGCUGCCCAGCUCGUGUUUGCUGCCGCCGCACCCCAAUACAUGGCUGGCCAAGGAGAUUGCACGGUACGCCCAGGAGCAGGGCUACGAGGAGACUCUGGCCCAACUGAACGCAGACGUUGCAAGCUUCUGGAGUGAUACCGAGGCCAACAACAUCAAGCCGGUUCUUGACAGCUUGGACCCCCAGCUGAGGGCACAGGUCUUGGAACAUCUCCACAUUGACGAUGCGCUGGUCGAGAGCGACAACGAAAAGGCCGAGAAGCACGAUGAAGAGGUCAAGGACAAGAAGCUCGAGCCACAGACAGGUAUUGCUCUGCAGACCUUCUCCCCCAAGAAGAGGCAGCUCGGACCUUUGGACUUUGCCCUCAAGGACGUCAAGGCUGGCUACGUUGCAGCCAAGAGGCGGUACCGCGUCUCACAGGAGCGCAUGCAGCGUCUGCAGGACAUCCUGCACAAGUAUGUCGGUACGCACAUCUUCCACAACUACACCGUCCAGAAGAAUGCGCAGGAUCCCAGCGCCAGGCGGCACAUCAAGUCCUUUGAGCUCAACCCGAAGCCCAUCAUCAUUGGGGACACUGAGUGGCUGAGCCUCAAGGUCCAUGGGCAGUCCUUUAUGAUGCACCAGAUUCGCAAAAUGGUCGGCCUGGCCACUCUCAUGGUUCGCUGCGGCACCCCGCUCGAGCGUGUGGAGGAGAGCUACAAGGCACAGAAGAUGGCGAUCCCCAAGGCUCCUGGUCUGGGCUUGCUGCUCGAGCGCCCGGUGUUUGAGGGAUACAACCGCAAAGCUCUUGAGAUUGAGCGUGAGACGAUUGAUUUUGGCAAGUACGAAGAGGAGCUGCUCGCGUUCAAGGAGAAGCAUAUCUACCAGCGCAUCUUUGAGACAGAGGAACAGGAGAACUUGUUUCAUGCGUUCUACAAUCAAAUCGAUCAGUUCAAGGCGAACCACUUCCUGUGGCUGACCGCUGGCGGUCUUGAUGUGGCCAAGCUAGAUGGCGUCGCGCAAGCCGACGUGGACAAGCAGCUAGAAGGCGAUGGCGAGGACGAGGACGAGGACCCGGAGAACGGUGAGGGUUAGACAUUAUAUAUCAAUCAGACCAUAGAAUUCAAGUAUUUCUCCCAAAGGUC